AUGACAGACAUGAUCUACCAGUCUCUCAGCCAAAGGCCUGAGGAGAAGGACGCACCACCCGGCAAGGACAUCAGCGAAUGCUAUUUCAAAGAGAAAUGGGGCUUCACCGUCUACCGGACUGCCUAUGGUGGCGAGUCCGAGCGAUACUGGCAAGCAAUUAUUGACGACUUAAAUGCGCAGGUUCCAGAUUCGGUAAAGGAGCUCACCAGCGGCCAGCCCGAGGCCCAGACCCAAGAGAUCAUUUCACUGUUUCGAUUGGAUCCCCAAUCCAACGAGAAACAGAUGGCAGGCCUCACAACGCAGCAGAUGCGCGAGACCUUCCUUCAGGCAUGUAGCAACGAGCAAGAGACCCGGCCGAUGAACGCAUUACGGCCUCCGAUGUUAGGCAGCCACCUCUUCCUGCUGGUGGAUGAGGAGGUGGUUGCAGCGGCAACUUCAGAGCAGAACGAUCAGCUCUGUGUCAAGUGCGUGGAUGCGGACUACAGGGCGGAGGAGGCUGUGCCGAGGAACACGCGGGUGCGGCAAACAUGGUUUGGCUGGAUGAUGAUGACUACAAGGAGCCUGGCGGCCUUCAGGGACCAUCUGUACCUGAAGAGUGAACUGCAACACAUCGCGCCUUAUAUGCUGGAUGAGUCUGGGCUGGAUGCUGUGGUAUGGGACGGGGAGGACCGUUCCGUCAUGUGGGAGGUGAGGCGCCCGGAUCGUAUGCGUCAAGGGUAG